AUGGUAUCGAAAAAGACUUCGGUAAGUGUCAAUGAACUAGAGGCACCUUUCAGGCGCCCUUUGUUCGAGAGACACACUUCAAAUCUUCCAAAUCUUUUCUAUUUAUUCUCGUUUGCAGAGAAAUUCCCAGCGCCUUGGCGCAAUCCUUGGGGUGCUUUGACGCAUCCUUAUACCUGUUAUCUACUGGGAGUCGUACUUGCCCUGACUGCAGGUGGCACUAUAGCCGGUAUCGAUAUAAUCUAUGGACACUGGACUCAAAAUCUUGCACACAAGGAAGACGAAUUGGCCUCAUCAAUGGGCUACAACAAUAAGCUUGCAUGGGUCGCCAUCGUCGUCGGUGCAGUCGCGCUUUUUUCAAACUGGCUCUUUCCCAUUCUACUGACACACGCAGCCCACGUCCUGUCUUCUGGUCUUCGCCGUGAAUAUUUUGCAGCAUCUCUGGUUCAAGACCCUACCUACUAUGACAGUCACGGUCCCGGUGCUAUCACAACUUAUGCCAAUCGCGAUGUAUCACAAGUGCACGCUGCACUUGGCGAAAAAUUAGGCUUUCUGCUAAAUGCCAUCGGCACUGUCUUAGCAUGUGUCAUUAUGGCGUUGAGCAAGGCCCCUAAUCAUGCUGGCGUCUUACUCGCACUGCUGUUUUUUUCAGUACUUACACUUACGAUUCUGGGCAUGCUCGCCGAACAGACUACUGGAAAGGUGAUGGAGGUCGAUGGGCACUUAUCGACUUACAUGGAACAAGUCAUUGCUUCUGUCCGUGUAGUUCAAAGCUUCGAGUUGACAAAUACGCUUGUGGAUCGUAUGAAAAAGCUCUAUAUUCUGCCAUUGGCCCGUGCUGUCAAUUUACGCUCGAUUGUCCGUGGCGGUGAUAUGAGCUCUAUGUAUUUCACUGUAACGAUUCUUUACCCCCUUGGCUUUUGGUGGGCAUCUGUCCUGGUUGCUGAUGGAAGGGAAGGCAUGAAUGACGUCAUUUCAUCCUUCUUCAAUUAUUUAAGUGCGUUGUUCAGUAUGGCCAUGAUUUUGCUUCACUUUCAAAGUAUCUUUGAGUCUAUGGCCAAGAUCAAGAAGAUGCGGGCCACCAUCGAAAGAGAACCUCGAAUCGAUGUGCGUCGUACCACGGGCAAGAUUUUGGGUCUUCCAGCUUCCAAGGGCGUGCGAGAAAAUGUUCCUACGUACAUUCCAUCUUUUGCACUGGAGGAUGUCACAUUCGCCUACCCUGGUCGACCUCAUGUGGCAAGCUUAAACCACGUCAGCAUCGAUUUUCGUCCAGGUACAGUAACGGCUUUGGUGGGUCCCUCUGGAAGUGGAAAGUCUACUGUUACGUCCUUGCUUGCGCGUGAAUAUGACCCUGAUUCUGCUAUGGAUGCUGUGCUGUCAUCAAAUAUUCCAAUCGAUCCCGAGAAAGAACCUGUGAAGGGAUCGGGCCGUGUUUUGUUCGCGGGAGAAAAUGUUCGUGACCUAAAUGUGCGCUGGCUGCGCUCGCAAGUCGCGGUUGUACGCCAAAACCCUCAGCUCUUCACUGGCACCAUCGCGGAAAAUGUAGCCAUGGGAUUAUCGGCUGGUGUCGAAUCCGACAUUUCAUUGGAUGACCCGGUCGUGCGUGAAAAGGUCAAAGUAGCCCUUGCCAAAGCCGAAGCGAUGGGUUUUGUGAACAAGCUCCCGGAAGGUAUGGACACACACAUUUCUGGCGGUCGGAAUGUACAUCUGAGUGGUGGUCAACGUCAGCGCAUUGCACUUGCCCGUGCUCUGGUGCGUGAGCCCCAGGUACUGUGCCUUGACGAAGCGACCUCGGCAUUGGACACAUCAACAGAAGACAGCAUCAAGCGUACGCUUGCCAAGGAGCAAGAGGAAAGGGGGAUGACAACCAUCGUGGUAGCUCACCGUCUUUCCACAAUCCAACACGCUGAUCAAAUUAUUGUCCUGAAACGGGGUAGCAUUGUGGAGCGCGGUACACAUGAUGAGCUCGUUCAGAUCAAAGGUGGUUUGUAUCGCAAGAUGGUUAUGCACAAUCGUGCCGCGUCUGGUAUUGAUGAGGAAGGAGACGACGAGGCGGAUGACAAUGUCAGUUCAUUGCGUCCGCAAAAACAAGUUGAGCGAUAUGUCCCACCCAAACCGGAAGGACCAAAGCACUACCUUCUCACCAACUCCAUCCCUCCUGAUAUUGUAUCAAGAGGAUCCGUUGGUGCUGUUUCGCUCACAAUGGAGGCAAAUGAGCGAUUCCACGAAUUCAUCUCCGAAACGCCCAAUGAAAAAGAACAGUUUGAGCCCAACAAUCAAGAUGUCGAGAAGCCCAAAGCCGUCAAUCGAAAGCAGCUCAACUUAUUCCGUCUGUUGAAGGGUCACUACUGGCUUAUUUUGCCAGGCUGUACGCUAGCGCUGGGCGUGGCCAGUGCUUUCCCUGUCAUUGCAUGGAUCAGUGGUUACGUGCUUGAAGGUCUUGGCGAUCCCGACCUCGACCGCAUGCGUUCGGACAUGAACAGGAGGACACUGUGGUUUUUCAUCAUUUCGAUUAUCGACACAUGCUUCGCAUUUUUCGGGUCAUACGCUCUGGAAACGGCAGCAGAGAGCCUGUCAAGCGUUCUUAAGCUGAAAUCGCUGCGUGCCGUCAUGCGUCAGGACAUUGCUUUCUUCGACCAAAAAGAACAUUCUAGUGGUGCUCUAAGCUCCAUGAUUUUCAACCACUCGGCCAAUGUGGGCACUGCCUUCGGUGCCGUACUUUGUCAAAUAUUAAUUGCGUUCGGUAACCUGGUAGGCUCGCAAAUCAUGGCUUUCGUGAUGGACUGGCGCCUUGCGAUUGCCGUUUUCCCUGCCAUGCUUUCCCUCCUUGCUGCGAGCUACUUAAAUGUCUAUCUCAUGGAGAAAUUUGAAGUCGUGAUACAAGAGCCCAUUGAGCGUACAUCGAGUUACGUUGCGGAAACAAUCGAUGCUAUUGGCACCGUGACAACAUUGGGACGUGAAGCAGAUAUUUUGCGACACUUUUCGUCAGAAAGCUCACGCGGUCGUCCAUAUAUUUGGAAAUUGACUGCCGGCGUUCUUGCCUAUGCGUAUACCCAAUUCACAUUGGUUGGUAUUACGGGUCUAAUGAUGUACUGGGGCGCCACUAUCAUCAAAAACGGACAUGCCUCUCCUUUCAACAUCCUGGCUGCGUUUGAGGGAGAGUUUGUUGCCUUCUUUGCAGCUAUACGUCUGACAGCUUAUAUGCCGGAUAUCGCGCGAGCACGCCUUGGUUUGCGUGUCAUUCGAACUUGGCUCAAUCGAACGCCUCAGUAUGCCUCGCUGCCUGAGACUACAGUCUGGCCACCUAAAGGUCCGCGCGAUAUUGUAUUCACAGACGUGGAAUUGAGAUAUCCUCAGCGCCCCACACACACUGCUAUUCGGAAUCUGAACCUCACAAUCAAAGAAAACAUGACCGUUGCCUUCUGUGGUACAUCGGGCAGCGGAAAAAGUACUACAUUGAGCCUUCUUCAGCGUUUCUAUGAUCCUUGCAAAGGCACAAUUACUUACGGUGGCAUUGAUAUACGUUCUGUUCCCAUUCAUCAAUGGCGCGCUGAGAUGGCGUAUGUAUCCCAAGAUCCAGUGCUUUACGAGGGCACACUCCGAUGGAAUCUGUUGCUGGGAGCUAUCGAUGCAUCCAAGAUAACCGACGCUGACAUCGAAGAGGCUUGUCGGCAGGCCUGUGUCUGGGACUUUGCUAUGGCUCUCCCCGAUGGCUUGGAUACCAUGAUCGGUCACAAAGGCUCAUCGCUCAGUGGCGGACAAUGCCAACGUGUUUGUAUUGCUCGUGCACUGAUUCGUCGCCCCAAAAUUUUGUUGCUCGACGAGGCCACAUCAGCCCUGGAUCCUGAGUCUGAAGUCCUUGUUCAGCGUGCGUUGGAUAAUGCUUCAACCACAUGCACGACAGUGACCAUUGCUCAUCGCUUGUCGACGAUUCGCCAUGCUGACCUCAUCUGCGUCGUUGAGGAUGGCGAGAUUGUGGAAACUGGUUCACACGAAACGCUCAUCUCAAAGCGUGGUCGUUACUUUGACCUUGUGGAAGCUCAAUUAUAA